CAAAAAUAAAAUAUUUUCAAUAAAAAUAGACAGCGAAGGGAAAAUUCCAGUCAAGACUCUAGCCGUAAAAAAUUUCAAAGAGCAGCACACGGCGGAUAAUUUAAAGCAAUUAAUUUUGGAGACAUUGGAAAGGUAAGUGCACAAAAAAUGGUCUGAGUUCCUGCGAUUUAUAUUAUUAAAGUUAUUUGUUAUCCUUUAUAUGUAGAUAUGAAAUUAAUAUUGAGCAACUAUACAGUAUCACCAGCGACAACGGUCGAAAUAUGGUUAAGUGUGGUUCCCUUUUACAAGUCGAUAAUGAAAAUGAAGAAAGUACAAAUAUAUUAGAUUUUGACUCUGAUGAUGACGAAAGCGAUAAUAUUGAUGUAACGUGCGAUACCAUUUUUGAUGAUCCAAAGUUCGACGAUUGUAUGACCUCUCACUUCAAUUCUCUUGCUGUUAUAAGAUGUGCCGCUCACACGAUACAAUUGAGUGUAUACGAUGUAAUAAAAAACGAAAAUGUAAAAUUGAAGUUUGAAAAAUGUCGAUUAACUGCAAAAAAGCUUCGCACAUCGACUUCUGGUCAAUAAUAAUUUGUUACCACCGAUAGCUGACUGCCCCGCCCGUUGGAGCUAUUCAUACGAUUUGGUGAAGCGCUUAAAAGCUGUUCGAGAUUUCGUUGAUCAUAAUUUUGAAAACUCAGAUGUAGACUGGAGUUUUGUAGACGAUUUUUUCAGUACUUUUGCUCCUAUAAAGGCAACUACAGAAGAGCUACAAAACCAAAACUUGCUUUUUGGCGACUUCAUAGCAAUGUUUUUGGAAAUGUGCUUGGCCAUAAAAAAAAGUUCCGAUGCAUCUGAAAUUUCAAGACUUUUAUUCCAUUCGAUUACUAAAAGGAAGAAAAUGCUACUAAGUAAUGCAACAGUAGCGGCAGCCUUUUAUUUAGACCCCAGAUUACAUCGUUUAUUGCUAAGUCCUGAAUUUGCGCAUAUGAGAGUAAUGGCCGUUGAGUAUUUGAAAAUGCUACAUUUAAAAGCUAGUCCGAUUUUUGCUCAGUCAGCACAACCCCACAUCAUUUCUAUAACAGAAAGCGAGAGUAGUAUCGAAGAUACAAGUACCGACUUACUUGGUGAAUUAUUAAAUCAAAUAAGUUCACCUACAUACAGCGCCUCAUGCACUUCAGAAGCUUAUUUGGCUAUUGAAACAUUCAACGAAUUCACCGACACUAAAACCAAUUUAGCCGACUUUUGGGAACGAAAAAAGUUUUCACACAUAAUUUUGUAUCAGCUUUCUCAAAUUAUUCACGCAUAUAUAUUUAUUACAUGCAUAAUUAGUAUAAAUGUAAAUAAAAACGCGGUCCAAAUAGAAAUUCUAAUACAAAAUUGAAAUUAGGCUGAAUUCCAAA